AUGGUAUCUACCAUAGAUAGCUCGGCUAUUCCGGGCACAGUCACACUUAUCGACGUCCAACAUGUUCUUCAUACGAGACAUUUGGAAAGUGGAGAUCAGGAUAUUGUGUUAAUUCCCACUCCCUCGGAUGAUCCAGAUGACCCAUUGAACUGGAGUAAAAGACGAAAGCUCUUAUCCACUAUCUGCGUGAGCGUAUAUACUAUGUUUGCGGGCAUCGCCUGCUCGGUCGUCUAUUCAGUAGAGACACAGAUAUCAGAUGAUACUGGAUUAUCAGUUAAUACUCUCAAUCAAGGCACUGGCUAUAUGUUUUUGUUGGCGGGAUGGGGCUUGCUUUUCUGGCAGCCAUUCGCAAUGCAGUUCGGAAAACGAUUAACAUAUAUGCUAUCCCUUGCGGGAAUCUUGGGCACUACCGUGUGGGGCCCAUACGGUACUACCUAUGGUCAAUGGAUUGCCCGGAACGUUUUUCUUGGGUUCUUUACUGCUCCUAUUGAAUCUCUCCCAGAGACUAGUGUGAUCGACGUGUACUUCACACAUGAGCGAGGAACCUACAUGGGUCUCUACGCAUUUUUCCUUGCUGGCAGCAACUACUUUGCUCCUGUCAUCUGUGGAUUUAUUGCCCAAUAUCAAGCCUGGCAGUGGGUCUUCUACUGGGCUAGCAUCUUUUGCGGAGGCGCCAUAAUUUUCUUGUUCUUCUUCAUGGAAGAGACUAACUACGUUCGAAAGAACGUUGCCAAUCCCAGUAUCGCCAAUUUACACCUCGUUUCUUCUCACAGCUCUCAUGGAUCCAGGUCUGAGGAGAAUGAAAAGAGAGUUCCUGUGUCUGACCACCCAGCUUCGAUGGAAGCUGGUACAGUCUCAACCUACUCGAAGAAGUCUUACCUGAAAAAGCUGUCAAUUCUGGGGCCAAAGCAGGAUAAGAACAAUAUGUUUCGAAGACUUUGGCAAUCUAUAUACUUUUUAUCGUGGCCGGUCAUUUUCUAUGCCGGCUUUUCCUACGGCUCGUAUCUGAUUCUAUUCAAUAUUUUGAAUGGAACUGCAUCGCUCAUCCUGGGCUCCGCCCCCUAUAACUUUGGAUCUUCUAUGGUCGGUCUCAGCUAUGUGUCUUGUAUUAUUGGCGUCGCACUUGGAUCUCUUUUCACCGGCCGUCUUAGCGACUGGCUGUCCAUCAAGCUCGCCCGCCGUAAUGGAGGUAUCAUGGAGGCAGAGCACCGCUUAUGGCCAUUUUUCGCCUGUCUUUUUCUCGUGCCUGGUUCUCUUAUUCUUUGGGGCGUAGGGGCUGCCCAUCAUGUGCAUUGGUUCGGUUUAAUUGUCGCCAUGUGCAUCUUGGCUUUCACUAAUACCUGCGGUAUCACUCUCAGCGUCAACUACAUGGUUGAUAGCUACCAAGAGCUGAGUGGAAUAGCCAUGGCUACUGUCAUUCUGGUUCGAAACACCAUGUCAUUUGCCAUCGGAUAUGGUAUCACGCCCUGGGUUGACAACAUGGGCUAUCAAAAUUGUUUCAUUUCCGUCGCUUUUGUUGGUCUGGCAUGUGCUCUUGUGUUUUUGAUUAUGAUCAAGUAUGGAAAGUCAUUCCGGGUUCGCAGUCGUGAGAAGUAUUGGCAGAUUGUGCAGGAGAACAAUGCGAGGGGAAUGGGACAUUGA